AUGAUCUCGUGCUACCGUAUCGCAUAUAUCAUCUCGUCGUCAUCGACUUUAUCACCCACUUCGUCUCUCCACGCUGUCGCCUCGGUCGCAGCAGCCGGGUCUUUCACGAUGACCUCGAUGCCUCUCAUCCGUCUCGACAUCUCCCGCCAAAAGCUUCUACUUGAUCCAAAUGAACCACUUCCGCAAUUCUAUCCACCGCCUAGGGCGAUUAUGGUGACGCCCAUAUACGACGACAAGUACGCAUCCUCGUCAACACCAAGGUCUUACGACUCAGAUUCGAGGUAUCACGGUUCGUCUGGCGAAUCAGAGCGCCAAUCUUUUGUGUAUGUCCAGCCCCGCUCACGUCCACCUUCUGCGACACAUCCACAACCACCUCCGGCUGAACAUAUCCACCAACACAAACCAUCUCCACUUUCUCCGUCUUACAUAUCAUAUCCACCGUCUAUGCCUCCCAUUCCCUCGCCUUCCUUGCCGCGUACAAAUGUCUAUACGCCGACACAAUCAUACACCCCGUCACACACCCCAAUUCCGAUUCAUCCUUCGUAUUCUGCCUCCUUCUCGCGUUCACCUGGAUAUCGUGGCGAAUACGACUCAUACAAACGCUCACAUGCCUCUUCUUCCUCCGAUGAACCUGUCGACUCCCAAUCCUCUUCCGCGGAACACCCAUCCGGGGACUACACGGAUUCCGAAUACUCCUCAUCCUCCUCCUCGUUCCCUCGGAAACCCCAUCCACGCGGCGUAUACACCGACUCCGCUUACUCUUCGCCCUCGGAACCGGAUGCUCCGCUUCCCAUUCCUGAACGACGGCAUGACGCAGAGCGGAGGCACCGCAGCCCUUCUUACGACCGUGACCACAGCCGGCGGCGCAGCAGGAGCAGGCGAUCGUACGAGGACGACCCGUACGGUUCCUACGGGGAUGGUGACGAGUAUGGGUACACGGAUGAGGAGCGGUACCGGGAGAUGGAUGGGUAUGGGAGAGCUUCAAGAUCGAGAUAUCGCUAUUCGGAUUACCCACAGCAGCCACGACACCAAUCCCAGGGAUACCCUCCAAAGCCGCACUCGAUAGAUUAUGCCUACGAGCCCUCGGUGCGCGAGCACUAUUCGCAACCUCAUUCGCACACCCAUUCUCAUCGCUCUCGGUCUCACACGGGCCACCACGAACACGCGCGUCCUCCGACAGAACCGCCUGGAAGUGGAGGUAUAGAACCCUUCUUCCCUCACGGUCUACCGUCUCCUGCUCGGGCAACACAUUCGACUUACGGUUCUCCAAGCCCCGUCGCUCGACCGUCCUCCACUUUACAAGUCCCAACCCAAGGGCGACCUCAAAGCCAAGCACUGUCGUACGUGGGCUCUGCCCAUGGAUCUCAGGCGCACCACGAGCACCAACCAUCCACAUUGCAAGUGCCAACCGCAGGCAGACCGCAGAGCCAAGCUGUCUCGCACGCAGGCUCCACUCACGGGUCCCAAGCCCACCUUAACCAUCAUCAAGCCCAAGGGCGACCGACGAGCCAAACUGUCUCGUACGCAGGCUCAGCCCAACCUGGGUCCCAUCCAUACGAAGUUCCUGGCAAGCCGUCAUCCGCGGCGAAGGGAGUACUGACCUAUCUCCGUGCGAUGGGUGUACCCCAGGAUACGCUCGACGAGGCCGUGAAGCGGUACUUCGAUUUAUUGCCGCCUGCACCAGACUUUUGUCUGAGUAAGUGUACUGGAGGGAAGAAAGCUGUGUGUAUUGGGAUAAACUACAUCGGACAGAGAAAGGAGCUACGCGGGUGUGCGAACGACGCGAGGAACAUGAGAGAUUUCUUAAUGAAACACCACGGGUUCCCAUCCGAGCAAAUCCUCCUGCUGACCGAUGAUGACCGUACAAACCCGCUUCCAACUCGCAAGGAGAUGUUCAACGCUAUACGGUGGCUUAUCGAUGGUGCGAAGACGGACGAUUCGCUCUUCUUCCACUAUUCAGGUCACGGUGGCCAACAGCCCGACGAAUCAGGACGAGAGGCAGAUGGGAUGGACGAAGUCAUUUUCCCCGUGGACUUCGAGCAGGCAGGCGAUAUCAUCGACGACGACCUUCAUCAGGCGCUCGUGGCUCCGCUAGCGGCUGGUUGUCGUCUUACGGCUAUCUUCGAUGCCUGCCAUUCUGGUACGGUUCUUGACCUUCCCUAUCUCCACUCCGCACACGGUCGUCUCCGAAGCAUUGCGCACAUUAGUAUGCGUGCUCGCAAACGCGGUGUCGCCCCACACGCCGACGUCGUUUGCUUUGCGGCAUGCAAGGACGAUGAGACCAGUGCUGAUACAUUCCACGAGGACGUUGCGGUCGGCGCUAUGAGUUGGGCUUUCAUCCAGAGUUUGAACCGAAACCCACGCCAAACAUACGGAGACCUCCUGGCUGAUCUUCGACACACCCUCGUUCCACGAUACAAUCAGAAAGCACAAAUCUCUGGAACUUGUCCUGUCGAUCUGACGAGAGAGUUUACAAUCUAG